UUUUUCCAUAUUUGUAGAGCAAGUCUGUGAUAAAAAUAUCAGUCUUGGCCAAGGGGUUCAAUAACACAGUUCAUAUCCAAGCCUUAAAAAUGAAGUUCCUGGCUAUAGUGUCCUUAAUUGUCAUUUUGAUUGGCAUUGUCCUGGCCCAAACUGAUCCCAUUUGUCGACUGGAACCUAUUCCCAUUGGACAAUGUGGCGAUAGCUUUGUGGGAUAUACCUAUAGUACCAUUCGGAACCGAUGUGUAAACUUUGCCGGAAGGGGCUGUUCCAUAACUGGAAACUUUUUCAACUCCAGGAAUGAAUGCGAGGAUCUGUGCAAGGAGUUCAAUAGUUUGAGAGAAGCCCCAUUCACUUACUUCUUCGAUCGAGCUGUGGAGCGAAUUCAGGAUAUUAUUUCAAGUUAUACCAUGAUACCAUUAUAAGUGUAAAUCCAGAAGAAAUAUAUGAAUAAAUAAAAUUCGGUGAUGUUAUCUA